CUGCCUGUUUCCAACUUCCCUUCCUGCUGCAGUUACUGGAAAAACGCAACAUCUGACAGGGAGAGAGAAAGAAAACCAUCUGUGGAAAGCAUCAAGAUGCUGGCGCUAAUAAAUCGUCUUUUGGACUGGUUCAGGUCUCUAUUUUGGAAAGAAGAGAUGGAGCUGACCCUGGUCGGCCUGCAGUACUCUGGAAAAACAACAUUUGUAAACGUGAUCGCUUCUGGUCAUUUCAGUGAAGACAUGAUUCCUACAGUCGGCUUCAACAUGAGGAAGGUCACCAAAGGAAAUGUCACUAUCAAGAUCUGGGACAUAGGAGGGCAGCCCAGGUUCAGGAGCAUGUGGGAGAGGUACUGUCGGGGAGUUAACGCAAUUGUGUACAUGGUUGAUGCCGCAGAUCGAGAAAAGGUGGAGGCCUCCCGGAAUGAGCUUCAUCACUUGUUAGACAAACCUCAGUUGCAAGGAAUUCCUGUUUUGGUACUAGGCAACAAAAGGGAUCUCCCCAACGCGUUAGAUGAAAAGCAACUCAUUGAGAAGAUGAAUCUAGCAGCUAUUCAGGACAGGGAGAUAUGUUGCUACUCCAUUUCCUGCAAAGAGAAAGACAACAUUGAUAUUACACUUCAGUGGCUCAUCCAGCACUCAAAGUCUCGCAGGAGCUGAAGGCUGCAUUUUUUUUUUCUGUGCUGUAUUUGCCCUGGUGCUGUCCUGUCACACCCUCACCGCAAUUGUACAGAAGCAUUUCCACUUAACGUGCUGCACUGUUUUUCUUCUUUCACACUUUUUUUUAUCUCCCCGGGGAUAUUUCAACAAACUCAUAAUGCACUACUUAAACCUAAGGUUCUGUAAUUUGAUAUUAGACGCCAGUGGAAACUGUACUUGACUGAUUUCUAAGUUACCUUUCACAUUGCAGGCAUUACUUUAGGGGAAAGUGACAGACAGUGGCUUAAAUAAUGCAUAAUCUCUGAGGAAGGGGUUUAUUUUGUCCCGCACACAGUCUGGUAUGAUCCCAGGAUGUGGCUGAUUUAAACCUCAUUUCCAUUGUUGCUCUGUUCCUAUGGUUGUCCUCUUGGAUCAGUGCAUGUCCUUUUUUUUUUCUUUUAGAAAAUUCUGCAUUCGGCUCAAUUUAAGCUGAUCUGUACAAUUAUCUUGCUAGUAUGAUUUUUACCAAUGUGGGAUGUGUGUGUAUGAAUAUAUGAUUCUAUUUAAAGUCUGAAUGUACCAAACGUAAAGCUGUACAGGCUCGUGUGGUUCAUGUUUGCCUCGGUGUAUAGUAGCCUCAGUGGAACGAUGUCUUCUGUGAUUCCUCUGGUUUGAGAGAGAGGCAGAAAUUGAAGUGCCUUGUGCAGCGUCUCUCUCCUGAAUAAAGUGGCAUGUAAGAUGGGCCUACCUGUGUAGAGCCAAAAAACCACCUCAAUGUGUUAGAAAAUAAAAAAGGCAUGCUUUUUAAUUUA